AGAUAAUCAUGAUUCUGACUAAAGACGCACGGUUGUCGGUUUACUACUUGCUAUGUAAAUAUGAUUUCAUUCAUACAUCGUUAAGCAACGUAAACGUAUCGGUUCUAUUACUAAAAGAUUAAAACGACAAAGAAAAUGUUGGGACUUUCAACGUUUCUGCCACGUCUUUCCGCUGGUCUCAGCGGUGCUUUUUUUGUCAGCUUCUCAGAUGUAACCCGCUCAUCGUCCCUCGCUAUCGCAACGGGCAGCGGAGAUUCCUCAGACUCUCUGGAUGAUAACGCAAAAGAAGGCUCAGUCGUGUCUGCAACUUCGGAAGACGAAGGUGCAGGAGUGUCCGCGAUGGAGCGCCAGUGUCUAAGGCAUCCACGUUUCAUCAAGGACCUGAAACAGUUGGAAACCAAGACGGUGAACCAUCCACCGUACAAGAACAGAAAGCGUGUGCUUCUUUCGAAAAAUGAGGUUCCAGGCGUUAUGCAACUCGCAGUAACGGUUCUGGAGGACUCCUUUCCUGCGCACAAGCAUGAGAAUUUGUUCGAGGCUUUCUACACGAUGGAAGGCAGCGGCAGUUUCUUCAACGAGCGCGAGGACGAGGAGGGGAAGAAGGAAGUGCUAAUUUAUAUAUUGAUUGGAUUCGAAUAUUAGGUAAUCAUCCAAGUGCUUUUGCAGUCCAUUGUCUGUUGGAAGUAAUAGUAUGCAUCUACCAAGAUGCAAUUAUUGUACAAUUUCACUGCGCCUCUAGUAAUAAUACUUAGUAAAAUACUGUAUUUUACUAAGCAAUUCCUGUGCGCUCACCAAUCCACUGGACCUUUGCUUUUUUUAGCAAGUUCGUUGUAGGCCCACGACGAUUUGCGUUGUAUGUUCAUUAUGUAUAAUCCAGUACUGACUACCCGUACCCUCGUACUAGAGAAACAUCUCAAAAAGCAGGUCGCUUACAAAGCUAAUGCCGGGCAAUUGUUACAUUUUCCACCGCGUGCGAGUCACCGUGGCUUGCCUGAUGCUCAGCCGGCAACCCCGUGGCGCCUCCUCAUUCUCGCUGUGGCGCCGCGUGACGGGCAGGCGGUUACUGACUUCAUCGCCGAAUCUACCGUGGAAGAUGAAACUGGUGGAGACGUGCACGUAGAGGCAUUUCAUUUGAAGAACGCAACGGCGAAACCAAUGAAGGACAAUGAAGCAAUUACGAAAAGAGUCCUACUCGGGUACAACAAGCUUCCCAAUGUUCUCAUGUUCGCGGCAUCCACACUGCCGGCUGGCCAACGGAACCCUAAGCACGUCCACAAAGACGCUUAUGAGGUACUUGAAUCGUUUACUUGUUCAUUUUUUAUUAGCGUUGAGCACAUUUUUGUAGUAACAUAGCCUCCAUGCCUCCAUCCCGUUCAAGAGUAACCAGAAAUAUUUGUAGGAGCAUGCAUACAAACUCAAUCCCAAAGUUGAAAGAAGCUAAAUAUACCAAACAACUGGAUUGGAGACCGUAUACAAAGUUGAUUAUCUUCUCCUUCUCCUCGGCCAUACAUUUAACACCUAAAACAACGGCACAUCCUGCAGAUUUACCUGAUCACGAAGGGCCAUGGUUACAUGAAUCUCGAUGGAGAAAAGGUGGAGAUAGGACCGGAUUCUUUUGUGCUUGUUCCGCCAAACAUCGAGCAUGGGCCGAUCGCCUCCGACGCUGAGCCGCUCGAACUCCUGUAUUCUAUGAUUGUGGUCCCAGAGGGCCUGUGUAGGGAAGGCAUCUCCGCACAGGCGAAUACGAUAAAGACUGGGCGGAAAAGUAGAGCUAAAGAUCUAUGAGCAUGUGAUGAUGGACAGCAGCACACCUUUACUCAGGUUAAUGACAUCAACACUUCCACUCCAGAUCAAGCUAAAAGACAGCACGACACUGAGGACUAGUUGUCGAUGUCAUGAACAAGGAGUAGAUUUGUUAACACAGCUGUGUUUCCCGAAGAAAGACCCAACUAGAACCAACAGAAACGAAGG